AUAGCAUAUGGAUUGAGAAGGCUUUUAGAGACAUAGAAGAAUCCAAAGUCCAAAUGACUAAAGGCAGAAAGUGUGAAGAGAAGAGGAGUUAUGCAUCCAAAACUGGAUCACUCAAUCAAGUUGCAUAUUCUUCUGUUUCCACUGGAAAGCCAGAUUUCUGUGCUCUAAGAGAGAAGAUGAUUGAGCUGAUCGACUGUGUCACGCAAGAGGGGAUUUUGAAAUCAACUGUGACAUUCAUCAUGACAAAGAGGUCCCAGAGAUUCCCUGUGAAUUAUGAGAAAGACCAGUCAGGAUGUAUGUGGGGUUUUAUUAGUAUAUUUGAUUUUCGUCAUGCCCGCUGUACUCGGAAAUUGAUAGCAGAUAAGAGGCAUGGAAGCAAGCAUGCUCUUGGUGCUGCACUUACCAAGAACAAGUUUGAAGUGUUGAGCAAUUUGGAUGAAGACUAUCAAGGCAAUUUCGACAGGGGAGAGAGUAAGAGACUAACACUGACAACUGAUGGUGAUAAGCUUAGUGUGAAGAAACUGAUAGAAGAAGAAAUGAUCAUUGACCAGGAUGAAAUAAAGGAUCAAGGUAAAGAGUUUGUAGAAUCAAAGCAAAAGCAAUCCAGAUUAGGGCGUGAAGAUCCUCCAAAGAAAGAUUCCAAAAGGAAAAAGAAAUCUCGCAAGAAAAACCGUGAUAUGGGCAGCCGUGAUUUGAAUUCAGAUGCAACCUUGAAAUCUGAAUUUUUACACAAGCAGCAUUCAAGGGAUCAGUCAAAAGAUACUCUAGAUUUGGACGAAAUAAUGAAUGAUUUUUGUCAUGUUGAAGCUGCUUGUUCCAUGAUGAAUGACGAUGAUUGCAAAAUUGAUGCACAGUCAAACCAAAAGAAUGUUAUGUCUGAAAACCUUGCUAAUGCAAUCCAUGAAUUUGUGAAUCAGAUGAGAUUGAAUGGUAAAGAUCUGCCUGAAGAUGGACAAUUCCUUAGCUCACAUGAACUCAUGGAAGCACUUCAGGUUAUAAGUUCAGAUAAGCAAUUGUUCCUUAGACUUCUUCAAGACCCAAAUUCACACUUGCUGAAAUACAUUCAGGAGUUGGAAAAUGCUAAAGGGGGAGAUGGCAAAAUAUGCUCUUCACUUAGUGGCUCCAACUGCUCUGAACAAGAACUUGUUAAUCUGAAACAAACUAGGGAGAGUGCCAACCGUAAGCAUCUUAACUUUUUCAGGAAAAGGGGGAAGUCUCAAUCAAAAAAUGCAACAAAUGAAAAUGGGAAAACUGAGUUUUCAAAUAGAAUUGUCAUUCUGAAACCUGCACUAACAGGCAUGCAAAUUUCUGAAAAUGGAAGCAACCUUGCCUCAUCUCUAGAUUCUCAUGAUAUUGCCCAUUACAAAGGCCCUUCUGUGAGAGUUGGUUCUCAUUUUUCUCUUACAGAAAUAAAAAGGAAACUGAAACAUGCUAUGGGAAAGGAGAGGCAUGGAAACCCUGAAGUGAUAUCACGAAAACUCCCUGUUGAACGUCAAAAUAAGGUGCCAAGAGGCAAAUGCAAAGAUAAUACUGGAAUGAGAUCUCCUAAUAAAGACCAUUUCUUCAUUGAAAAGAUUGCAAGACCUAUGUUUGAUGUUGUGAAAGGAAACAAGACUGAUACAUUGAAAGACUCCGAAUUGAACGUGCAACAUGAACGUGGUAUUCCCAAGCAAAGUGCUUCUAACAUAUAUGUUGAGGCUAGGAAACAUCUGUCUGAGAUGCUAGAUAAUGCUGAUGAGAACACAAACAUUUCAAGCGGGCAGAUUCCCAAGACCCUUGGGAGAAUACUUUCUCUUCCCGAGUACAACUUUUCACCUGUAGAAAGUCCUGCAAGGAAUUUGGAAGAUCAUUCUGUGACUGCACCGGCCAGAUUUUCUUCCUCAGGCAAAACUAGCGAAGUUAGUGAUGAUAAUUUGUCCCCAAAACCCGCAAACUCUAGUGGUAUUCCAGAUCAGGAAACUUCCAAAUCAGAAAAACAGUCAAGCAUUUGUGAUGAAAUCUCUAAUAAUAAAGUACAGGAAAUUAAGUCAAUGUCAAAUUUCUCCCAUGAUGAUGGUAUUGUUGAUUCAUCUGAAGCCUGUUGUCCUAUCAAAGAUGAGAUAGUUAUUGAAGACAAUGUUGCAUCUGCGGAAGAGAAAAAUAAAUUGAAAUCAUUUUUGGAUCCAAAUGGCUUCAUAAUAGGAAAGAACCAAAAUAUUGAUAUCUCAGAAAUUCAGGAUGGUGCACAAUGUUCUGGAUGUUUGAAUCAGGAUAUAAUAGAAGAGAACAAACUAUCAUCUCUCCCUUCGUCUCCUCACUCUUCGAUCACUAAGAAAAAUGAAGAGCUAGACUGUGGGACAGAUAUAUCCGGGCGACCAAGUCCUGUAUCUGUUCUUGAUACAUCAUUUUCAGAUGAUGACUUUGGCCCUGGACACUCCAGAUGUCAACCUGUUAAGUUACCAGUACAACCUCUACAAAUUCAAUUUGAAGAACACGAUUCUUCACCUGCAGAGCAAUUUGACACGGGAAAAUAUAGUUUUGAAGAAAAGGAGUUGAUAUAUGACUACAUCAAAGUUGUCUUGCAUGCCUCUGGUUUGACAAGAGAUCAGUUGAUGGUGAAAUGCCUUACCUCUGACAAGAUAAUAGAUCCUUCUUUGUUUGAUCAGGUAGAGUUCUUCUCGAACCUGCGUUGCCACGAUCGGAGGCUCCUAUUUGACUCUGUCAAUGAAGUUCUCAUGGAGGUUUGCCAGCAUUACUUUGGGGUCUCACCUUGGGUUUCAUUUGUAUAUCCUAGCAUGAGGCCAGCUCCAAGUAUGAAAAGGGUUACAUUCAAGGUCUGGGAAGGAGUGUGCUGGCAUGUCCUUCCCUUGCCCCCACCUCGCACUUUGGAGCAAAUUGUUAGGAAAGACAUGGCAAAAAGGGGAACUUGGAUGGACCUUGAACUUGAUGCUGAAGCAAUUGGUUUUGAAAUGGGAGAGGCCAUUCUUACUGAACUGAUGGAAGACACAAUCUUGAGCCUUGUGAGUGAAAGUCCAGAGAGUAAAUGUUCUGUGCUUCAAUUUGAGUUGAAGGAACAAUGA